CUUACUUUUACAAUUUCUAAUGUCUAAACAAUUUUUUCCGAGUCUAAGUCAAAAUUAUAUAGAAAUUUUGGAAGAUGAUGAAUAUUAUGAUACUACUAUUGAAGUUGGUGAGGAUCCGAACGUAAAAAUAUUUCGUGCACAUAUGAUUAUCCUGUAUUACCGUUCUCCAUUUUUACGACGAACUUUAUCUUCCAACAAAAAAAAUGAUAAUGAUGCCUUGGCUCACAUAAAAUUGUCAAAUAUCUCACCAGAAAUCUUUCAAAUUAUUUUGAAGUAAG